GCACAGCCACCGUGGAAAACAUGCCAUUCCAUAAAUAUAUUUUUACUCCGAGAUUGUUGAAAGAGUACGAUGGAUCGCGGGACAACUACGAACCGGGCACGUUGGAAAAAUAUGGAGAUCAAAUACUGACAGCUCUAAAUCUAAUGUGGAGCUUCAGUUACUACACAUCGCCCAUACUUGUGUCCUUCCUCUAUCGGCGCGGAUACUUCGUUGCCGAAUCGGUUGGCACAUUCGCAAAGGUGACAACCGGAAUCGGGCUACUGGUGGCUGUCUCUCUCUGUAUGCGAGGUCUUGGGCGGUCGAUGAACAUGGUGUACGUGCGGUUUGCGGAAACGCUCGAAAAUGCACGCCGCAAUAGCGACCGUUGCGGCGAUCCGAAAGCAGCCCUCCGGCGGUACGAUUUUGAUUUCGAGCAGUGGCCCAUCGAUUACACUGUUAAGGGUGGAAGCCGUAAAACGACAGCUCAGCGCAAUAAGAACUUCUGGAUCUCAUCACUACCGUGUCAGAUUGCCGCUUACGUUGCCAUUCACACGUUUGGCAUUCGUAUGAUUUAUCCCGGUUCGGUACGGUUACUGCAAAGCUAUGUUGAACCGAUGCUGAUUGAGGGACGCACGAAGCUAGUUACCCAGUGCAACGGGCAGCGCAACAAAGUGAAAACGGCCGAUGGGAAUGAAAUCGAUACAAUCGUGGUUGACAAUCGAAACAAGAGCGCAAACGGUAAAACGCUCGUUAUCUGCUCGGAAGGAAAUGCUAGCUUCUACGAGAUCGGUAUCAUGUCGACUCCGUUGGAUUUGAAAUAUUCCGUGCUCGGUUGGAACCAUCCCGGGUUCGCCGGAAGUAGUGGACGUCCCUAUCCGGAUCAGGAUCAGAAUGCCAUCGAUGCAGUAAUGCAGUUUGCCAUCCGCGAGCUUGGCUUUCUUCCGGAAAACAUUAUACUGUACGGUUGGAGUAUCGGUGGCUACUCAACGCUUUAUGCCGCCUCGCAGUAUCCCGAGGUGAAGGGCGUUAUUCUGGACGCAACGUUUGACGAUGUGCUUCAGCUAGCGUUACCACGUAUGCCGGAACGAAUUUCUAAUAUUGUAAAAAUUGCGAUACGAGAUUAUGUUAAUCUAAACAACACGGAACUGAUAGUUCGGUACAAUGGGCCGGUGCUGUUGAUACGACGAACAGAGGAUGAAAUUAUUUGCUCAGAAGAUGCUAGUCUAGGUACAAAUCGUGGAAAUUUCCUGCUCAUCAGUAUGCUUAAGUAUCGUUUUCCUAACAUCUUCAAACCGGAACAGGAAACACUGGCAAGAGAAUUAUUAUCGAAACCGGUCGAUUUCAUCAAGAACGGUGUGUAUAAAGAAUCAAAUCGCCAACAUGCUGGUAAAACCUCGAACAAAAUCAACGUGUUUUUACCUGCUUUUCUGCCUCUCUUUACAGUACCAGAACAAUAUUGUACCUCGCUGCUGAUGUCCUACCUGAGCGAUAACGGCAACAACGGUACCAGCCGAAGUUAUCCACUAGAGAUUGGUGCCGAGUAUACAACGGAGCAGCGUAACUCUAUGGUUAAAUUUCUGGUAAAAAAAUAUUUAGUAGACUUCAAAUCGACCCACUGCACACCGCUACCGGAAGAAUUUUUCCAAUUGCCGUGGGAAAUUCCAUCCGAAACAGAUUACGUUUUUACAUAG